UAGGCUCAGGAAGCAGGCGGGGCAAGCAUCUCUACAAGCCGAGCAGCUGGGAAAAGUGCAUGCAGCUGGCUGAUGUCUGUAUUGUGAUCACUACUCAGGCAUGGACUGUGAGGCAAGGAAUGGGGGCACCGGCACAGAGAUCCAAGCAGAACCUAUGCUCAAUUCCUUAGAUAUGGCAGAAGAGCCAGUUAAAGCUGCACAGCGGAAAAAGAAGAAAUCUGGCAACUGGAAAGUUCUCUCUCUGGUAAUCUGUGUGGUGAUCUUAACAGCCAUCCUGGGAUGCAUAUUUGGACUGAAGCCUAGCUGUUCCAGGGAAGUAAACAGCUGCAAAAAUAGGUGUUUUGAGCGAAAAUUUGGGAGCUGUCGAUGUGAUACUGCCUGUGUUGAGCUUGGAAACUGCUGUUUAGAUUAUAAAGAUUUAUGCAUACAACCAGCUCACAUCUGGACGUGUGACAAGUUACGAUGUGGAGAGAAGAGGUUGCCUAGCAGUCUGUGCUCCUGCUCUGAUGACUGUAAAGACACAAAUGACUGCUGUGUUAAUUAUGAUUCUGUUUGUAGAGGAAACAAAAGCUGGGUUGAAGAAGAGAAUUGUGAUGAAAUGCAAACACCUAUUUGUCCAGCUGGGUUCUCUCAGCCUCCAGUCAUUUUAUUCUCAUUGGAUGGAUUCAGAGCAGAAUACUUUCAUACCUGGAAUGGACUUCUUCCUGUAAUCAGCAAGCUAAAAAAAUGUGGAACAUAUACACGUGCCUUAAGACCAGUGUAUCCAUCAAAAACCUUUCCUAACCAUUACAGCAUUGUAACAGGCCUCUACCCAGAAUCACAUGGUGUCGUGGACAAUAAAAUGUAUGAUCCAUACAGAAAUGCUUUUUUCACACUAAGAAGCUCUGAGAAGUUUCAUUCUUCAUGGUACCAAGGAGAACCAGUAUGGAUAACUGCUAUGAAUCAAGGACUAAAGGCAGCAACUUACUUUUGGCCAGGAUCAGAUGUAAAGAUCAAUGGAACUUUUCCAAACAUUUAUAAGGAAUACAAUGGAUCAAUUCCUUUUGAAAACAGAGUCAUAUCAGUCCUGAAAUGGCUAAGGCUACCCGAAAAUGUGAGACCACACUUUUACACUCUGUAUUUAGAAGAACCAGACUCGUCGGGACACAAACACAGUCCAAUGAGCAGUGCCGUAAUAAAAGCUCUUAUGGAGGUGGACCAAAUAGUUGGAAUGUUAAUGGAUGGACUUAAACAAAUGCAGCUGGAUAAAUGUGUAAAUAUUCUGCUUCUUUCAGACCAUGGUAUGGAGGAAUCACGUUGUGAAAAUAUAGCAUAUCUGGGAUCAUACCUAAAUACCUCUGAAGAAUAUAUUGUAAUACAUGGGCCAGCAGCACGCUUGAGACCAAAUCGACUACCAGAUGAGUAUUUCUCUUUUGACUAUGCGGAUAUCGCCAAGAAUCUUACAUGCAGAAAAAAGAAUCAGCAUUUCAAACCAUUCCUGAAGAAGGACUUGCCCAAGCGUUUACACUUUGCCAACAAUGACAGAAUUGAAUCACUUCACUUUUACAGUGAUCCUAAGUGGCAAGUUGCAAAGUCACAAAGUGAGGUCUCAAAAUUCUGCAAUGGGGGAUUUCAUGGUUCUGACAAUCUUUUCAAGAAUAUGCAGGCUCUCUUUAUUGCUUAUGGUCCCAAGUUCAAGUAUAACACAGAAGUGCAGCCGUUUGAAAAUAUAGAAAUCUAUAAUUUGAUGUGCGAUUUGUUAGGAAUUGAGCCUGCAGCCAAUAAUGGAAGCCAUGGUAGUCUUAACCAUUUACUAAAAAAGCCAGUAUAUGAACCUUCAUUGCCAAAAGAACUGUCAGAACCCUUUCAGUGCUCAGUGAAUCACAGUGCCUUGGGCAACGCUUUUGGAUGCUCCUGCAAUUUACCUAGUCUUACAGAAGCAGCAUUUAAGGCACACUUAAUUCUUACUCCAGAGCAAGAAUCUGACACCAAAAGGCUUAACUUGCCAUUUGGAAGACCUGUGGUUUUACAGAACAGUAAUUAUUGUAUUUUGUACCAAGACAAGUAUGUAAGUGGUUACAGCUAUAAUAUUAAGAUGCCACUGUGGAGCUCAUACACAAUUGGAAAAAAUGAAUUUGUGUCUGCCUCUCUGGAUAAGAAUUCUCUGUGUUUAUUCAUGGAUGCUCGAGUUCCGCCAGGACAAAGUCAACGAUGUCAGUAUUACCAUCAUCAUCCCUCCCUGAAAUUUGGAUUCUUCUUUCCUGCAAGCCUCAGAAAAACAUCUGAAUCAACAUCUUAUUCAGGGCUUACUACUAGCAACAUUGGUCCAAUGUAUCCUGCUUUUAAAGUCAUUUGGGAUUAUUUCCAGAAUGUCAUAUUACUAAAAUACGCUUCAGAGAAAAAUGGUGUUAAUGUUAUCAGUGGUCCCAUAUUUGAUUAUGAUUUUGAUGGUCAGUCUGAUGGUUUUGAACAAAUUCAGCAAAUGUCAAAGGAUACAGAUGUCUACAUUCCAACUCACUACUAUAUUAUUCUAACCAGCUGUAAAAAUUCCUCCGAAUCUCUGCUGCUGUGCACUGGACCUCUUGAUGUGAUAUCUUAUGUCGUGCCUCAUAGGACAGAAAACAGUGAAAGUUGUGCUGAUGAUAAGGAUGAAUCGCUGUGGGUUGAACAACUUCUUCGAUUUCACGCCGCCCGUGUGAGGGAUGUUGAACUUCUUGCUGCACUAAGCUUCUUUCACAAUACCAAAUAUUCUGUUUCUGAACUUUUACAAUUCAAAACAUUCAUCCCUGAUUAUUUAUGAAAGUGUGAAAGAAUUUACUUUACAAACCAGAGCUACCUACAUUUCAAAAGUUUAUGUUUUUCUGUAUGGAGGACACUAACAUUUAUACUGCUGUUUACUGGUGCAAAAGAGAAAUUGCUUCUCAAACACCAAUGGAAACUUUUCUUAUUUGAUUUGGUUUUAUUGAAAAUACAUUUUGUUUUCAGUUUUAGAAAUGGUUUCUUAUUGAAACUACUAAAAGACAUGCUACAUGCCUAAGUCGCCCUUAAAUUAAUAAAUCCUAUAAUAGAUGAAGAGUCGAGGAGAAAAUAAACAUGAAGAUUUUGAUGAACACGUCACAUGCUCAAAAUUUGCUUUUUCAGUGGAAUACUUAUUUAGUUGGGUUCUAACUGUACGGUAUCAAAACAGAAAUAACCAUUAGUACAGAGGAAAAGUUACAGAUGCAGUUUAACAAAGUUAGCAUGUUUAUUUUACCUUUCUGAAGGCAAUAAAUUAAUGUCAUGUACAAAUACAGUGCAGGUUAGUUUUAAUCGUUUUGUGUCUAGAGGUUCCUAAAUUCCUAGAUGCCCAGGUCAAAUUUAGCAAUGCCAGUAUACAUCAGAUAACUUGAAUUAACUAAUAUAAAAUCGCAUAUCUAAAUGAUUUUUACAAUGUAGAAUUAUUAUAGCAUAGCUUAUAAAAAUGUAAAAUACAUCUAUAAUUAAAAAAAAUAUAUGAAUUUAUUUUAAUACUUUAAUUGUAUUAGUCAAUUACAGUAUUAAACAGAGACAUGCUGUCAUCUACAUGCUAGAGGGGCUUUUGCAAGCUUAAACCAUUUUUUCUAUAUGAAGUCUUCAGUUUGCAUGUGAUUACUAUAUCAUAGCUGACAUAGUGAUCACAAAAUUGGGAACCACUCUAGUUCCUGAUCAUUAAUAGGGACCAAAGCUGGCAGCUAAGCAGGCCGGUCACUUUUAAUUUAUUAACAUUUCCUGAACAUAGGGCAUUGUAAGGGCUACAUUAAUAUACAUAAACUUGUCUUGAAUUAAAUAUGAAGGCUGCCAUUGCAGGCUACCUCUAAAAAAAAUAAUAGUUGGCUGGCUCACUGAGUCACUGAUCAGCAAGGGUGCAGUAAGUCAAAUUAGAAUUUCUGAUGUCCAUACUUUUUUCUGGUCAGUGACAUAGAAAGUGUCAAAGCCAUUGUCUCAGCAUCAGACAGGAAUAUAUUUAAAAGGAAAAAUCAGCAAUGGCAGUCUAAGCAUUUCUUUAAGCACAGGUUUCUUUGGAUUAUCCCUGCAAAUUGAAUUACAAGCAGACAUUUAAGUAGAUUAUUUUAAAACCAAUUUACCCCCUAAAAAAAAAGUAUUUUUGAAUAAAAAGCCAGUAUAAGUGCCAGAACUAUGACUUUAAAAUAGCUUCAUAAACCCCUGUACAUCAGCACUCUACUACAAUACGAAGGGGCAAUACUCUGCAUUAGUCAUGGCUAUAUUGUUUGUUACUGUCAGUUUAACUUUAUUGCUCUUUGGUCAUUGACCAAGCUGUA